AUGACAGAAACGACUAUUAUUUCUGUUCCUGACAUUGACGAUAAUGAUGAAGAUCUUAUUCAUACAAAAACUUUUUUUCGACGUCAUUCAAAAGGUCCUGUUAUGUUUAAUGGAUGUUCACCAUCAGGUGAUGUUAUUAUUAUUGAUAAUAUAAGUACAAAGAAAAAAUAUGAUUUAACUGGUUGGUAUAUUGAACGACAAACAGAUACAUACCCAAUACUUCGAUAUAGAUUUACAGAUCACUUUGUAAUUCUACCAUUAACAACAAUAGAAUUAUGGUCGAGUACAGCAACACCAGUUCCUAUACCACUUGAAACUCAAGAACAACAACAACAAUCAUUUGUUUGUAUUACAACGAAAUUAUUAACAUGGAAUAAUGCUCGACAAUGGAGUAUUACUCGACUUUAUGAUAAUAAAGGACAUGAAAAAGCUGUUUUCUCACAUCAAACAUUACCAGCAAAAGAUAAAGAAAAACUAGAAUAA